AUGGGUCCCGAAACAGUCGAAUGGGCGCCCAACGAGGAGGACGGACCAUUGAAGGCUGCGUUCCAGAGCGUUUGCGUCACGUCUCUGGACAAGGUCAUGCCCAAGGCGCCCGACGGCAAGACGAAUCGGUUCAUCCUCCAGACGCAGGGCUAUCAAGACAUCUAUGCGUACGUAACGGAGGGCAAGACUCUUGAAGCCUCACGCGAGAAGUUUGAAGCGGACCUGCCGGAAAAGGCCUUGGAAAAGGUCACUGCGGUGGACCCUGAUGCCUACGAUCACCUGCGCAAUACGACCAACAACGUUGCCGCUCAUACCCGGGAAUUUAGCGAGAAUGGUCUUGACCGUCUAGUGUUGUCGGCGAACAACGCGAUUGUCUAUGCAGAUGAAUGCAUCAAUAUGCUCCACGAGGACAAGGACCUCAGUCUCUGGAAGCAUCUCGAUGUCAUUCUCGAGCCAAAGUAUAGUGUCGAGGGCGCUGUUCUCGACGAUGGCUUCCACGACGCGCGUGAUAUGGCGCGUGCCGCUGUCCAGUCCAUGUCCGAGACCGCCCAGAAAAUGGCCGACGACGCGACACAAAUGGUCGCACUGCUCGGUGAUUUCCACCGCACUACCUCGACCGACGCGACAGCCGUGUCCCUGAUCAAGCGCAACUGGCUGGACGGCAGCGACGGCAAGCGGCCGUACACUGAGAUUGUCGGUGCCGAGAUUGCUCGCCUCCACCAGGCCAUCAUCGACGACACAGCACGGCGUGACGCUGCAAAGGACGAGUGGGACACGAAUGACACGAGUGCCAAGAUCAUCGGCUUCCUCGGUUGCUUCAUUCCCAGCAUGCCGGUGACAAACGCUAUAGUCAAUGAAAUGGGUGCAGAGAUCAACUAUCAAAGGCUCACGAACUUGGUCGCAAGCGAGCAAGAGGCAGAAAAGGCAAUCAUGAAGGCACAUGAGCUCGUGCGAGCCCUGGUCAUGCACUUCAAGGACCUGGUGGCCAAGAUGGCAGCGGCUCUUAAUGCGAUGACAGAGCUGCAGGACCUAUUCAAGGCGCAAGGCGCAAAUUUCAAGGCCAUUGACACUGCCCUCGGCAAGCUUGGGCAAGGCGUUCGCAGUGAUUACGCAAUGAUGCGGAAGCUAUACAUCAAGGCUGGCAUCCGGGACGCCCUGGAAAAACUGAAACAGAUCAAAGAACUCGCGCAGGAGUUUCAGAGGGGUGCUAGGCCUGAAUUCCUCACUGCGGACAAGAUCCUGAAGGCCUGA